CCUGUCAGACGGGUUGAGGGUUUGGAAUUCUUUCUGAUGGCCAAUCGUUGACCCCUUCCUUCCUCGUACACUUUUCCCACUGUCUUCGUCUAAAAUACGGGAUGGCAAAUCUAGAAUUCCAAUUAAUACAAACGUUUUAGCUCAGGAGAGAUGUCUCAAGCCUAUAAGAGUACACUAUAUGGUUUAGCUGCACUACUCUAUGUGAUUACGUGCAUAUCAGCAGCUGAACGUCCCCACAUCAUCUUCAUCGUCGCUGACGAUCUGGGCUGGAAUGAUGUUGGAUGGAAUAACCCUGAAAUGCAAACACCUCACAUUGACGAGCUGGCAAAAAAUGGUAUCAUCAUGAACCAGUCCUAUGUGCAACCAAUGUGUACACCAUCAAGAGCUGCUUUUAUGACUGGUUACUACCCAUACCACAUUGGACGUCAGAACUGCGUUGUUAUAGUGCUGGAACCAACAGGCGUAUCAGUGAAAUAUCCUUUCCUGUCACAGAAGCUGAAAGAACUCAGAUAUUCUACUCAUAUUAUAGGAAAAUGGCAUCUCGGACAUUGUAAUGAAUCCUAUACACCAACGCGCCGUGGAUUUGAUUCCUUCUUAGGCUUCUACUAUGCAGAAGGAGAUUACUAUACGCACAAAAUCGAAAGUUCUGUCCAAGUAUGGAGGGAAAUUUUGGACUUCCACAGAAAUCUGGAACCAACUAAUGACUAUAAUGGAAUAUACACUACGGUGAGAAAUUUUUCAAUUUUACUGUCAUUAUCGGGCAGAGGAUGUCCAGUUGCAUAG